AUGAUUGAUGAUUCACAAAUCCAAACCCUUCUUAAAUGGGGCCAGGACCAAGGUGCUAUAAUAGAUCCUAGUAUUCAAUUCAAAUAUACUAAAGAUCAUGGUAUUUCAGUAUUUGUUACCCAAGAUAUUAAGACCCCAUCCGAAAAACCACAAAUUAAAAUCCCAUCAGAUAUGAUUAUUCAUAAUAAAUUAGCCCUGGAUACAUUUGGUGAAAGUUUUAUUUCAAAGAGUGAUAAUGUCAAUUCUUCAUUAAAAUUAUUAGUUUCAAAACUAAAAUUUGAUAAUACUAAUGAUUCAUGGGAAUUACAACAAAAAUUUAAACCAUUUAUUGAUUUAUUACCUUUGGGAAAAGAAACUGGUUCUGUUUUUUAUUGGUCUUCAGAAGAAUUAAGAACUUUAGGAAAGACUAAUUUAGCUGGAUCUUUGGAGGCAAAGACUAAAUCAUUAUUAAAAGAAUGGUAUUCUACUGUGGAAAAUCUUGAACAUACACCAGAAUUACAACAAGAUUUAAAACUUUUCCAUGAUUUUGACUCAUUAGAUCAUGAUACUUUAGUUUCAAAGUUGUUAGAUACCAAAAGUUGGACAAGUUUUGGAGCAUAUUUAUGGUCAUGUAUAAUUUUUACAUCAAGAGCUUUCCCUAAUGAAAUUAUAAAUUCAAAUUGUAAACCUGGUCAAGCUAUAUUAUUACCAAUUAUUGAUUUAUUAAAUCAUGAUAAUUCAACAAAUGUUGAAUGGUCAUUUGAAGAAACUGGGGAUGAAGGAUUCUUCACAUUAUUGAAUAAAGACCCUCAUACCAAAGGUGAUGAAAUAUUUAAUAAUUAUGGUGCUAAAAGUAAUGAAGAAUUAUUAUUAGGUUAUGGUUUCACCUUGGAAGAUAACAAACAUGAUACAAUAGCUUUAAGAAUAAAAUUACCCCUUGGAGAGAUCUUAGAAGCUGAAAAUUUUGGUUUCCAAAUCCCCAAAAUUGAAGAUUAUACCUAUUUUGCAUUUUCUACAGGUGAAGAAAUUUCUAAAGCUAUCAAAACUAAAUAUGAUGAGAAUGAAGGAAUGUUAUUUUAUAUAAAUUAUCAAAAUUUAAUCCCUGAUAAUCUUUUAAAAUUAUUUCAAUUUAAAUCUUCACAAGGUACGAGUGAAACUGGAUCAACUUUAAGAAAUAAAUUAAAUGGUUUACAAAUUUUUAGAAGUGCCCUAGAGACAAAACUUUCCCUUCUAAAAGAAUCAUAUGAAUCAACAACAAAUAUUAAUCCAGAUAUUUUACAAAAUGCUAAGAAUUAUAAAAAUGGUCAAAAACAAUUAUAUAAAUCAAGUUUAAAAGCCAUUAAACACCUUGAAAAGGAAUUAUUACAUGAUUACAAAACCCAUGUUACAACAUUAUCAAAAAUUUAUAAAAAAAGUGAAUCUUUCCAAAAAUUAUUAUAUGAAUUAUUAAAUAUUGAUUCUGAUUUAUCAUUACAAAAAUUUGAUACCCAAGAUAUUUUAAUACUGUGGAUAAUUUCUCAAAAUGAAGGGUUUGGAAGUGAUUUCCAAGCACUAGAAUACUUACAACAAACAUAUCAAGAGAAUUUAAAAGCAUUAGAGAAUGAAUCAGAAUCAGAAUUGGAAAUUUUUGAAUUUUUACAAGAGUUAAGUACUAAAGAUCAUAAGAUUGUGGAAUAUUUAAAACCAAGGAAUAUUAAUGCUGCUGCGGCUGCUUUGAAUCAAAAUGUUUAUCAAAGGGUUAGUGAUGGUCAAAUUAUUCUUGUAGAGCCUUUAGAUCUGUGA